AUGCCCGUCGUCAACGCGUCUGCAGCCUCAGCACGCCUGUCAACUCACUCAUCAUCAACCUAUGUCAUCGGCCUCAACUCUGGCCUCGACUUUGACCGCGAAUUAGACCCCAUCUCCUCGGCCCGCCAGCUCGCUUGA